ACAGUCUCAAGUGAAAUAACCAGAAAAUGAGGAUCGUAUUUUAUUUACUGCUGAUGCUCAGAGUGGGCCGAUCCACAGAUGAUCAGAACUUUGAGACAAAGACUGUUGGUGUUGGAGAUGAUGUGAGACUGACAUGUCCGCGCAAGUUGACCGGAAACUUGUUUUGGAUCAGGCUUGUUUCUGGAGCCUUUCCUCAAGUCUAUUCACUUUUGGGUAAUCGCAUUACAGCGACAAAAGAGCCCGGAACGUUAGAUCUGCAUAUUAAAGAUGCAAGGCUAAGUGAUGCUGCAGUUUACUACUGUAUGAAAAUAUACAAACAAAACUUCACCUUUUUGAAAGGAACAGACCUGAGAGUUGAAGACCUUCCAUCUGAUCCAGUCCGUCCAGGAGACUCAGUGACUCUGCAGUGUUCAGUCCUCUCUGACUCUGAGAACAAGACGUGUGCAGGACAACACAGUGUGUUCUGGUUCAGAGUUGGAUCACAUCAAUGUUGCCCGAAUUUCAAUUAUACUCAAGGAAACGGCGUGGAAGAACAGGAAAGGAACCCAGAGGGACUCUCAACAAAGAAAUGUAUCGACAACUUCUUCAAGAACGUCAGCUCCUCUGAUGCCGGGACUUUUUACUGUGCUGUGGCCACAUGCGGGGAGAUAUUUACUGGAAACAGAUCAAAACUCGACACUGAAGCAGUCAACAUGUGGGAUCCGCAGAAGGCCAACACAGUUCUGAUUCUGUUAUGUUCGGCUUUGGCUAUAAGUGUGUUUGUUAUAGCCUUUCUCACAUAUUCAGUCAAGAAACUGAAGGAAAGAUCUUGUGCUGGUUGCAACACUGCUGUUGCUCUGCAAGCACAGGCAACAACAGCCAGCGGUGAUCAGCAAAGGCAGCAGACAGACGAGGACUCAUUGAUUUAUUCUGCACCAACCUUCACGGGUAGGAAAGCUAACAAAGCAGCGACAAGGGAUGCAAAAACAGAGGAGGAAGAAAGUAUCUACACUGAUGUCAGGGCUCUUAGGUUGGAUUCAUAGUGUAAACACUGGAUUUGCUACUAAAUGCUAAAAAAAAAAUGUAUGAAAUGUACUGGAGCUUAAUUUAACCUCAAGUCUGUAAAUAUUUGUUUUGUCUUGAAAUAUAUUUAAAUGUUUUGUAAAGAAAAUUAAUCAUCAUGACGCAAAAAUAAUAUAAUUGUGCCAAUAGACCUAUGCUGUAGUUAUAAACGUUUGUUUCUUUGUGACUUUUUAUCAAAGUUGUGAACUCUGAGAAGAUUGUUCCGUCUGUCCCUUUGUAUACCAUGAACUCUCAAGUCUGUUCACUUCCUCCCUCACCCACAUCUACGUAAUGUCUGUGUCAAUGCUAUGUAAAGAUAUUGUAUUAACGGGAAAUGGUGGUUGUGUGGAUAUGUUGCUUCCUUAAUAAAUAAUAAAAGUUAUUAAACUGAUAA